UUAGACCAAAACGACGAUUUAGACAAGUUCCAACUCAACAGUAUAACUGGAAACGUGUUGUCUUUGGAACAAGAAGCGUAUUUACUAGAAAGUAAGAAUGGAGAAAUUGGUGAACCAAAAAAACGAUACAAAUGCACAGAAUGUCCAAAGACUUACAAGGAAAAAUGGGGACUUGGGAGGCAUUUAGGGGUCCACCGAUCUAUUGAAAAGCGCGCCUUAGGCGUAUUGAGAGGUUUGGAGACAAAAAGAAAAACAGUUAAGAAGAAAAAACCAGUUAAUGAAAGAUAUUAUAAAUUGGUUGAAGAUACUCCAGCGCCACAAAAAAAGGAAGGGUACAAUUGUACAUGUGGGAAAACCUUCCAAAGAAGAAGUAGAAUGGAAACUUGUCUAAGAUCCCAUGAUUUGUUUGAAUCCGCGUCGAAUUGUGUUUCUUGCGUAACAUGCACAAAACAGUUCAAAAGUAAAGACGAACUCGCAUUGCAUAAGAAACGGUUGCACCGUAAAAAGUUCCCUUGUAAGUUUUGUCCGACAGCUUAUGAUACAAGAAAGGAACUGUUCAAACAUUUACAGGAUCACCAAAAAGUGCAACUAAUGGAGUACAAAGUCAUAUCCGAAGUUAUGAAGGGGAAGAAAAAGCUUUGCUGUUUCAUGUGCUCGAAAACUUACGUUGAGUUAUCUGAUUUGAAAACCCAUGUGAUGAGGGAUCACAAAGGUACAUACUCAUGCCCGCAUUGCAAGAAUAGUUUUCCCAAAAUAAUAGAUUUUGCUAAUCAUAUGAAAACUUAUCACCCAGAAGUUGAAUGUCAGUCCGUCUUUGAUGUCCUCGAAGCGUUCUCAAAAUUGGUACAGGCUUGGAAAUGUCAAGAGUGCGACUUACAGUUUUUGGAACCUGAUAAGUUGGCGUUGCAUGAAGUUGAAGCUCAUAGUCCAGAAUGUAAAUCCGAGCCCCAAUUUCGAUGUACGGAUUGUCGAAGAGUCUUCAUUAGUCAAAAAGGUCUUACAUCGCAUCGUAGAGUACACCAUAGUGAGAACUUUGAAGAGACCAAAGACCAAUUACCUGAAGGAAUCAUGUGUUUGGAAUGUCGAAAGAUUUGCAAAGAUAUCAACGCUUUGACUUCUCAUAUGCGUUUACAUUCACCAGAUCGAAAAUAUCCUUGUAAAUUUUGCGACUUCCGCUUCGCAACACCUGAAAAACGAAAAGCGCAUGCUGAGAUUCAUACAGGGGAUAUGAAAUACGUUUGUUUCAUAUGUGAAUACCAGUGUAGUUCCGAAAAUAGACUGAAAAAGCACAAAAUGUCAUUGAAACAUGCAAACAUUAAAGAAUAUUUACUUACUGGCAAACCAUUGAUAGAAGAAUCAACUUCUGUAGACGAGAAGAAAGAUACUAAAAAGAAAGAUAGAGUAGUUAAAAAGAAAAAAGAUAAAGGUAGUGGUGACAAAGAACAAGACUGUGAUAGUGACAGUGUAAACAAAAUUGACGUAGCAUGUGACAUUUGUGGUGAAAAGUUUUCAUCAGACAGUGAAAUGCAAGCACAUAAGGAAACUCAUCCGUUUAUAGAGAUACCUAGUAGUGGAGAUAAUCCAACUCGAAUAUUCUUUAAAUAA